AUGUCUCUCGUGCAAAUUAUUAUUUUUAUAAUCUAUAAUAGAAUACAGUUUGCGACGUCAUUUUCAACUUACGAUACUUGGGUGCCAGUGGAGCAUAGUUAUCAUGGAGUGCACAACGGUUUUGAGACAGCAAAAGGAUUUAUCAACGAAUGGACCGUGGAAGUGGACGGCGGCGACACAGUGGCGCAGUUGGUUGCUUUGGAGUUGGGAUACGAGUUUGGAGGACCAGUACUAGGAUUUCCAAAUACGUACACAUUUCGAAUAUACGAGCACAUGAAACAACGACGCACGCCUACCGAGCACACUACGACACUCAAUAAAGAUAGAAGGAUUCGUUGGGCGGAGCAAUCAUUUGCAAAGACAAGAGUAAAACGAUAUCCAAUGCCUGAUUCAGACGAAGAGCUGAUGCGAGUGAAGCGGAUUAAUGAGAAAAACUUGUCUAUGGGCGAAAAAAACGGUGAAAGAGAACGCAUCAAGAGGGAUAUUUUAUUUAAUGAUGAGCUUUGGAGCUACGAAUGGUAUUUGCAAGACACUCGAACAAAUCAAAAUCUUCCACGUCUGGAUCUAAAUGUGUUGCCGGCGUAUCGAAUGGGCUACAAUGGGCGCGGUGUGCGCGUGUCCGUAUUGGAUGACGGCGUCGAAUACAACCACACAGACCUACGCGAGAACUACGAUCCAGAAAUCAGUUGGGACUGCAAUGAUCACGAUCCUGAUCCUUACCCUAUACAUAAGGAGCAUAAUCACAAUUCUCACGGAACGCGGUGUGCCGGGGAAAUAGCAAUGACUGCGAACAAUUUUAAAUGCGGUGUGGGCGUGGCGUUCGGAGCUAGUGUGGGCGGGGUUCGAAUGCUCGACGGAAGGAUAACCGAUCGUGUAGAAGGCGAAGCAAUAGGCUAUGCAUGGGAUAAAGUAGAUGUAUAUAGCGCAUCAUGGGGUCCAAAUGACGAUGGACGAACUGUGGAAGGCCCAGGGCGACUGGCCAUUGAAGCAUUUAAACGAGGAGUUACUAAGGGCCGUAAUGGUAAAGGCUCUAUUUAUGUUUGGGCUAAUGGAAAUGGUGGCGGCCAUAACGACAAUUGUAACUGCGAUGGGUAUUCUUCUAGUAUUUAUACAAUUUCAAUAGGGAGCGCCUCUCAACAAGGUCUGUUUCCUUGGUAUGGUGAAAUCUGCUCUUCUACGUUAGCAACGGCGUACUCCUCUGGCGCCUAUAAGGAUCAGAAAAUAGCGACAACAGAUAUAAACGAUACAUGCACUUUGAAGCAUACAGGCACUUCAGCCGCAGCGCCGCUAGCGGCUGGAAUUAUCGCGCUUGUUCUACAUGCUAACCCCAACUUGACAUGGAGGGAUGUACAACAUUUGAUAGUAUGGACGUCAGAAUACGCGCCUUUAUCUCACAAUCCUGGAUGGCAAAUUAAUAGUGUCGGAUUACGUUUUGACAUACGAUUUGGAUUCGGUCUUCUAAACGCCGGCGCUCUAGUGAAGGCGGCGCUCAACUGGACAACCGUUCCGGACAAAACAUCUUGCCGAAUUGAAGCUCUACCUUAUAAGGAUCAAGAUAGCCGCAUAUCUUCCAAAGAAAAUUUGGAUAUUACAGUGAAUGUUGAAAACUGCACCGUGAAUUACAUUGAACAUGUGGAAUUGAUUAUAAACGUAAAAUAUAGUCGACGAGGUGCUUUAGAAAUAUAUCUAAUAUCACCACAAGGUACGAACGUGCAAGUUCUUAGCGCACGACCAAGGGACACUUCGACUGCCGGUUUUGUUAACUGGCCGCUGACCUCUGUGGCCACUUGGGGCGAGAACGCAAAUGGUAUUUGGCGAGUGAUCGUAAAGGAUACGACAAAUGAAAAAAAUACGGGUACGUUUGGACCAUUUAACCUAGUGAUUCACGGGACUAAAGAGAUACCAGCUCACAUGAGGAACGGACCUAAGAAAUAUAACUUCGGCUACAAUAAUGAAAUGCAAAACGAUUUUGACUAUUUCGAUAUUAACAACGUAUUAAGUCUUGUAAAGCAGUAUAAUAUGGCAAAUAAUGAUUUAAUAAAAAACAAUGACCCUGCGUUGGCAUUAGACCAAAUGGAGGCGGAGUUGUUGAGGAACCAUCAUAGUAAAUCAUUUAUGUCACCAUAUUACGAAUAG